AGCGUCGGGGACCGCGGUACCGGUUACUUAGCACCGUUUCGCUGCUACCAAGGCCGCGCCGCGAGCCCUUGCCGCGCGCCGCGCCUGCCGCGAGCUUGCCCUCUCUCACACCAGCCUUUCAGCCGCCGCGCCCGAGCCGCGCGCGCGCGCAGCCGUCUGCAAAGAAGCCGCGCGACACAGCCGCGCAAAGAAUAUGUCGUUCGCAUCGCGCUCGAAAGGCGCGGGCGACGCGUGGCGCCGCUUCCCCAUGCUCUCGGGCUGCUGGAAGGGGUUUGGCCCGUGGCCCGGUUUGGUAUACGCAACCGGUAUAUUCACGGCCUACAUGGUCGCGUCGAAGCUGCUGAAGAAGGACCACGGCGACCACCAUUAGUCGCGCCGUCUUGC